UGAGAGAGUAGCGCCGUUCAACCUGUCUCUUUAUGCUGGAAUACUGGACGCGCAUGCAGUGGUAUUUAGGUUGUGUGCUUUGCUUGGCAGGGAAUCAGACUCAAAGAGAGACCCGAUUCGGUUAAAGAGCCGCCCCCCAUUGCCCAGCUUUUGGAUCUUUGCUGCAGCUUAUCCGUCUUUUGGGCUCAAGGGUCCCGGUUUGAAACAAUUAUGAGCUGAGACUUUAGCGCUGGGAUUUUGAGGAUGCCAGCCAUCUGUUUGUUUGCAUUUGUGUCCGCGCCAAAUGAAAAUCUCCAAGAAAGCGUGAGUAACUUCAUCCAACCAAAGUCUUUCUUGUUUGCUGUCUGUGGGGACGCUUGCUUUUGAGUAGAGUUCAGAUCCAGCUUGGUCCAAGGAUUUCUGCUAUUUUCAACUCUCUGACCUUGUUUUUUUACCUGACCGUCAGGUUUUGGUGUCUUGAAGGUCGUCUUCUAAAUUGGUUUUGAAAGUGUUGUUUGUUUGUCCAUCCGUCACGUUGAGCUGGACAUACACUGUAUGAUUUCAAGGCCAAUCUUGUAUACUAGCAUUAGAAUGUGUACUGUUGCAGACAAUCAAAAAAAAUUGAGACAAUGUCCCAACCGUUUGACAUCAGUACCUAAUGGAUACAGUUUCGAACACGGGUGGGCAAACUAGUCCGUAGUGGGUCCUGGUCUUUGUUUCAACUGAUCCAGAACACAGAGGUUUCUGCUGGAACAAGGAGCGCCUGGUGAUAAGUAGAGUUGUCCGAUAAUGACUUUUUAACCAAUAAUCGAUAUCCCGAUAUUUUCCAAGUCCCAAAAUCCAAUUAUCAAUUAAUUAGUCAAUUAGCAUACCUGCUGUGCUAAACUGUGACCGGCCUUUGUACAAAGGCAGGAUUACGGCUGCAGUUGUCGAUAAUGAAUUACCCAUAGACUUCAUAAUGUAUUGACGGGACGCGGGGGCCGAUUCAUAGGGGGCCUAUCUCUGUCAAAGCUGACCGAGUGGGAACACAAAGCUUUUUUCAUUGAAAAUUCUUGUGAAUACAUGCUUAAAUCUCUGAAUUCUUUAUAGAUAUGGAUGUAAAAAAGUCUCGAUUCUUGUUAAAAAGUAGGAAAAAAAGGUGCCGGUGGCGUUUAUUUUAUGAAAAUAUUACGAACUAUGAGGCUAGUCACUAGGGAAAUUAGUGGUCGACUGUGUUAUAUCCAUAUCUAUAAAGAAUUCAGGGAUUUAAGCAUUUAUUCACAAGAAUUUUCAUCGGAAAAACUCUGUUUACAUCAGGCGGCCGCUAGCUACAUUCACUCACAGACUAGCAUUGGACUUUGACGUAUUUACGUAAAAUAAACGCUAACUGCAUGUUUUUUUUUUUUUCGCUUUUAACCAAGAAUCACGUCUGUUUUACGUCCAUAUCUCUAAAGAUUUUGGGGAUUUAAGCAUUUAUUCACAAGAAUUUUCAACGUAAAAUCUCUCUGCAGCAGGCGACCACUAGCUACAUUCACUAACAGACUAGCAUUGUACUUCGACAUAUUUCCGUAAAAUAAAUGCAAACUGCAAGUUUUUUUUUUUGUUGCUUUUAACCAAGAAUCGAGAAUGUUUUAUGUCCAUAUCUGUAAAGAAUUUGGGGAUUUAAGCAUUUAUUCACCAGAAUUUUCACCGGAAAAGCUCUGUUUACAUUCGGCGGCUACCAGCUACAUUCACUAACAGACUAGCAUUGUACUUCGACAUACUUACGUAAAAUAAACGCUAACUGCACAUUUUUUUGUUUUGCUUUAAACCAAGAAUCGCGACUGUUUUACGUCCAUGUCUAUAAGGAAUUGGAGUAUUUGAGCGUUUAUUCACAAGAAUUUUCACCGGAAAAGCUCUAUUUACAUCAGGCGGCUGCUCGCCACAUUCAAAAACAGACUAGCAUUGUACUUUGACAUAUUUACGUAAAAUAAAUGCUUACUGCACUUUUUUUUUUUUUUUUUUGCUUUUAACCAAGAAUCGAGACUGUUUUACGUCCAUAUCUGUAAAGAAUUGGGGGAUUUAAGCAUUUUUUGACAAUUUUCAGCGAAACUAGCUCUUUGUCUGUGAUUCCACUCGAUCAGCUUUGACGGAGAUAGGCACCCUAUGUCCCGUCAAUACAUUAUGAAGUCUAUGACUCUAAUUAAACGACUACUUGAAGCAGCAAAAUUUGCUUCGAAGAUUUUUUUCUAAUUGAAUUACUCGAGUUAUUCGAUUAAUUGUUGCAGCACUGUAUUGGACAACUCUAGUGAAAAGAAAAGGUUUCCUCUUGAUGCGUUGGAACCAAAAAACCAGCACCCACUGCGGAAUAUUUUGCCCACCCCUGCUUUAGAAGUACUUUUUCCCCCUCGUUUUCCCUUUUCCACCUAAGAAUAGCGACCCGGCAUGAUUGAAAUCAUCAUCGGUCCAGCUUUACUCAUUAGUCCCAUGUCAAGCAAUCUUUGUGGGCAUUGUUUUUGAAUAACAAAUUGACUUUGCCAUCUACUACGUGGCCUAAAGUCUUAGUGUAAACAGCCUUUAACGUGUCGACAUUUGCAGCCUAUACACGAAACAUCGACUGGCUCGAAUGGAAUUUCAGUGCUUCGGCUGCAAUUAGUGACAACUUCUUGGCUGUAACCAUUUGUGCUGACCUAGCUUGUAACUACAGGUUCCACUGUGAGAGGAACAACUUCCCCGCCCAGUGCUUUUCCCGCCCGUUUGCCUCGAGAGAGAGAGGAAAAUAAGCCUCGGCUCCACCCCUUUGGUUUCAUAACACCGUGUUCUCUGUGUGGGGAGCUCGCACAAGUCGUAAAGUAGCUUCAGCCCGGAGGAGGCCGGAGGACUCAGAUGCUCCGAUCGCCACUCGCUCGGGACCGGAAGGGGUCGCGACCUGUCGUUCGUGGCGGUCGACGGCGCGGCAACAUGCAGGAAGAGUCUAAACAAAGAAGAAUGACCAUGGAUUUUUCCCAACUGCACACAUACACGCCACCACAGUGUGCUCCGGAGAACACCGGCUAUACCUACUCCCUCAGCUCCAGCUACUCGACGGCCGCGUUGGAGUUUGAGAAGGAGCACCAGAUCGCUCCGGUGUACGAGUCGCCCAGGAUGUCGCGGCGGAGCCUGCGUCUGCAAGCACUUGCUGCUCACGGUAACGACGACGUUCCUGAAUACUUGCAGAACCGGAGCCAGAGCAGCUAUGCUAUCAGGAAAGAGUCUCAAAUUGUUUCUGGCAUGGAGUCGCGGGGCAGGAAACUACAUUCCAGUUCCAACACCAUCUCUUUAUCCCUGAGCCAAGCCGACACGCCGAGGAAAAACCUUAGCUUCUCCGCCAUCAGUACCCCAGUAGGAAGUAGCACCAGGUUGGAGGAAGGCGACGUCAGGUCGGACGUCGGCCUGCACUCUACUCUGACGGACCGGGGUCACCUGAGACAGCGCACCUUCACCUCGACCAGUAGGACCGACGAUGGCAUCUGGGGCAGGACGUACCAGUCCGAACACAGAUCAUCGAACAUCAACGGCGACAUCGGCGCUUCCACGUCUCACGCCUCGCACGCCAACGGCUACAUCUGUAAAGACUGCAGCUUCCAUUGUGAAAAGAAUGACUCCAGCAGUACGCACUCGUCACCUAAACCCUCGACGUCGUCGCAUGAGGAAGCGAUCCACACGGAUCCUUUUUCUUACCGGUCGUCAUUUCACUCAAGGAUAUAUUCCCCAGACCAGAGUCAGAAGAGGCAGACUGGUGUCCUAACAUCUGUGUCAAAUACGUGUGCGCGCCUGAGCAAAAAAGUCCUGGCUCCUUUUGUGUCCAUCUUCACCGUGUUGACUAGCAGUGUUGUUUGGCUGCACACACGAACCAAGGGCAGCGUGAGCAUGCUAGAGAGAGCAGGCUCGGCGACAGCCUCAGCGGGGGUCUUGACAUCAUGUAAGGACUCCCUGAAGCAAACGGCUUCGUCCAGUUUGUCUCAAAUGUGGUUACUGAAGCGCAAAAUGAUGGGCGACUCCCAAGUUCAAGCUCACUCCAGUUACUGUGGGAGCAUGAAUGUCAAAGACCUGGGGAAAGAAGACGCCUCGCAUCUCAAUUUGAACGGUUCCCUAUGUGAUGACUGUAAAGGGAAGCAGUACUCUGAGACCCAGGACGUUCUCUGCGCUCAGUCGUCCAGGUUUCGGCGACUGCUGGGGGCAAUGCGGAGCCUCCUGGCCUACACAGGUUACUGGCUCUUUGUGCCGGCUCAUUACGUGUCAAAAGGCGCUAAAGCUUUGGGUUCAGGUGCGGGGGCCUUGAUGAAGAUGGUCCUCUCGCUGCUGUGGACUGUUGUAGCGGUACCAGCAAAGGCAGGCCGGAGUCUCCUGUGGUUUAUCGCCAGUGGAUGGUACCGCCUUGUGUCCCUAAUGUCACUACUCAAUGUCUUCUUUCUGACACGAUGCCUCCCCAAACUCUGGAAGCUUCGCCUGCUUCUUCUGCCCCUUCUGCUGCUCUUGGCUUGGUGGCUGUGGGCUCCGUCCAGCGCUGUCCUGCUCGGCUACUUUCCGCCCGUGAACGUGACCCAGUGGCAUCCUUCCUUUAUCGCCACUUACCUGUCCAGCUGGUUGCCGGCGUCUGCUCCAGAUUCUUCCCCGGAUCGGACGUCGGUCCCCGUUUCACAGACACCGCCGCUACUUGUACAUAAUGUGGACUCUGAGCGCCUGGAGCGUCUGGAGCGCCAGCUAGCUCAGCUGUGGGAGCGAGUCCAGCAAAGCGACAAGAAUCAGGAGCGCCAUCAAGCAGACAUUUUGGCCCAGUACGCUAACCUGAAGGAGAAGCUCCACAGCGAGACAGACAAGGAGACCCUAGGACUGUGGGUGUCCUCCCUGCUGGAGCGGCGGCUGGACGUGUUGCGAGGAGAGCUGGAGCGAGGCCAAGAGCUCCGAGUGCAGAGCGAAGAGCAGCUGAAAACGCUUCAAGGGCGUCAAACGGCACGCUUGGAUGACUUGGAAUCUCAGCUCGGCAUUUUGGUUGCGAGGACCGAGGUGCAGCAGCUGCAGAAAUACAACGUGGACAAAGAGAAAACGGAAGAGGCGGUCAUUGCUCCCGCUGUAGACGCACCUAUUCACAGCGAGGGCGUGAAGCAGGAGGAACACGAUGCCUUGGUGGCCGAGGUGCAAAGAUUAGAGUUGGACUUGGCCAAAAUCAGGGAGGACUUGAGCGGCGUCGUGGGAUGCAAGGGCAAGUGCGAGCAGUUGGACUCGCUGCAAGCGACGGUGUCCGCGCAAGUGUCCUCCCAAAUUCGGAAGGAGUUGCAGGCUCUGUUCUACGGCGAGGAGACGGAAGGCCAAGUUCCGGAGUCUCUGCUGGCGUGGCUGGCCCGGCAAUAUGUGAGCGCGCCGGAUCUGCACGCGUCGCUGACCGACCUGGAGCGACGCAUCCUGAGCAAUGUUUCCCGCCAACUGGAACUGAGCCACGCCCAGACUCUCGGUCAAGCGGAAUCCAAGUUGGCGUCCGUCGUCGGAUCAGUACGGAGCGAUGCCGCCGCCGAAGGGCUGUCGGAAGAGCAAGUCAAAGUGAUCGUCCAGAAUGCGCUCAAGCUCUACUCCCAGGACAAGACCGGUUUAGUGGACUACGCGCUGGAGUCUGGAGGCGGCAGCAUCCUGAGCACUCGCUGCUCCGAGACGCACGAGACCAAGACGGCCCUGAUGAGUCUGUUCGGCCUCCCUCUCUGGUACUUCUCGCAGUCGCCCCGAGUGGUCAUCCAGCCCGACGUGUAUCCGGGCAACUGCUGGGCCUUCAAAGGCUCGCAGGGUUACCUGGUGAUCCGGCUUUCCGUGAGAAUCCGGCCCACGUCCUUCUGCUUGGAGCACAUUCCCAAAGCCCUGUCCCCCACCGGCAACAUCAGCAGCGCCCCGCAGAACUUCACCGUCUUUGGUCUGGAUGACGAGUACCAAGAAGAAGGCCAGUUGCUGGGACGCUACAUUUACCGGGAAGACGGAGAAUCGCUGCAAACCUUCCCUGUUCAGGAGGUGACGGAGAAGAGCUUCCAGAUCGUGGAGGUGCGGGUGCUGUCCAACUGGGGCCAUCCCGACUACACCUGCUUGUAUCGCUUCCGAGUCCACGGAGAGCCUCGGCCUCAGUGAACCUAAUCUGUACAUACUGAGACGCACUGGUGGAUGUUUCUAAUUAGGAGAAUGAGGGGGAUUCCCAAACAGAGACUUUUUUUCCAAGUCCAAAUGUUGCACUGAAGGCGCACGACGGAAAGGGAAUCUUCUCGUCGUGAUCAGGGAGCGUUCUUAACCUUGGUUUUUCCACGCGGUCGGACAGUUUUCUACUUUGUGACGCAAGUCGCCCUUUAACACUACAAACCACUGGAGGAGGCGCAACCGGCAUUGACACUAUGAGCCAGUGCCGUUUUUGGGUGACCCCAUUUUUUAGUUUUUGCUGUUUUUCAACAUGCGCUUGCUUCAUGAGUGUGCCUGGAUCUCCAAUUGGCAAACAAUUUAACCUUUUUUCUUUUUUUUGUCGCCAUCUCCUAGACCGAAUGUAAUGUGUAUAUUUUAUGUCCCAUCAUAUUUAUCUGCUUUUAUCAGUCAAAACAAACCGCCGUUACUGUCUUUAGUUUGGAAGGAUGCACUGCAGUCGUACGAUUUGGAUCAAGCGAAAUGCCUAAAUUAUGUAUAAAGAAAAAAAGAUCCCCCACAUUCUUAUUUAUUGAGAGAUAUAAUCAACGACGACGCUUUAAUGCCAUGUAUAUUUUGUGGAAAGCUUUUCAGUGCAUUUUGGAAGCAUCUUGUUUUAUUUUUUUUAAGAAAUGGCUAUUUUUUUUGUUUUGUCAAAAUAAGUGCUCUGGAAUAUAUUCCAAUAAAGAUUUUAAUAUUUAAUGG